AUGAACGCCCACGUCCUCCUCGACGUUGCCUUGCUCGUCGUCCUCGUCUUCUCGACAUCGUGCCAAGCAGAUGUCAACGACGCGAGUCGCUGUCACUUGCAGUUUGUGACGGAAUCCAGCACUGCCACGACUCCGGAGCAGAAGUGUGGUGCUUUCUUCCGCCUCGUGCAAUGCAACGACGAUGCCGUGAAGACGGCCAGUACAGAAGAUGCCGCGCUCAUCCGCCAAACGCAAGACGAGGUUGCCGCCUCCCUCGGACUCGACUGCACCCCAUACGAGGGACAAGUGCCGGCCAAGGAGCCCCAAGUGUAUUCGCACAACGGGAGCCUCUACUUUGAGGUGGACGAAUCAAAGUCGGUGACAUUUGUGCGUUCGCGUCGCGAGGUGAUCACCCCGUGGUCUUUGGCAAGCGAGCUGGAUUCCACAAACGCCCGGGUUGAUGAUCUCUCCAUGGCAGUUGCAACUGCCACGGAAGCACAGUCAACAGAACGCGCAUCAUUCCUCGACUUGGUGGCUGCCAUGACGACGCAGGCCGUCCAGUCUGCCGAAUCCGUCCUUUCGAACGCUGCGACCAUUGCCGAAGUGUCUGCUGCCAUCUCCAACGAGACGUCGCGUGCAGUCACCGCAGAGGAGUCCAUCCACUCGCAGUUGGAUGGACUGUCGUCGCAUGUGAGCUCAAAAGUGCUGAGCCUGGAGAGCUAUGUUGGUGCAGUUUCCAAUCAAGUAGUGCAGAGCGCGGGCUCGCUCGCUGCCGCUAUUUCGUCCAUGGAGGACGCUGUUGGCGACAACGUAGACGAGGCGCUUGGAAAAGUCUCGGAGCUGCGCACUCGCGUCGAAUCAACCGAGGACUCGAUCACGUCGAUGGUGUCGUGUGGCGUGCAAGGCCAAGUGUUCAACGGUGUUGGCUGUGACGGCGCACAGGCAGGCUCGUCCUCCCAGUGCACAUCGGAGUCUGUGGGUCUGGUGCGCGCGCAGAACGGCCAGCUGAAAGUGUGCACGAACAACGACGGCUCGUUUGAGUUUGUUGCCUUUUCCAUCGGUCAGUCCUUCCCCCUCGGCUCCUUCUCCAACCCGGCACCAUCCGCAACGGCCAUCCUGCAAGCGAACACCAAUGCAGAGUCGGGGCUGUAUUGGAUUCAGCCCGCCAACGAGUACGCACCAGCCCUCACGUAUUGCGACAUGUCAUUCCAAGGUGGCGGCUACAUGCUCGCUGCCUACGGCCACAUCCACUCGUCAUCCAGCCACGACCGCAACCGUGCCAUUGCGCCCUUGAACCAUCCCAACGGCUACAACUGGAGCCCUGGCGCCCGCGCAAACUCAAACGGUGUCAUUGCCCUUCCCUUUGGGGCUGUGUAUCUUGCCCGCCAGGCUGAGACAAUGCUCAUGGCAGCUGGCAACAUCCCAGACAGUGGUGGCAUCGACCAGUACACGCACGUGUAUGAGAUCUCCAUCACACACGUGCGCUCGCACAUCACCUUCAAGAAUCACAACCGCGACAACGGUGCCGUGGGCGUGACGGGUCUGGCCAAGAUGACGCCCGCCCAGUUCACGGUGACUGCCCUUCGCGGCGACAGCGGCACGCGCACGCGCUAUGCACUUCGCGAAUCACUGGGCGUGACCUGGUCGGACACGUAUCCAUCGGGUUAUGGAUUCAACGGCUGCGGCCUCACUUCAUACUGCACCUGGGGUGACGGCCCCUUUUUUCCAAGCGUGCACAGCGGAGACCAGCGAUGCAGCAGCUCGGCGAACAACUUCCAAGGCGCGGACGUUGCCUGUGGCAAAACAAACUAUGUCCACCAAGGCUGGUACGGCAUCGACAACGGCCAAUACAACCGUGUUGGUCAAACCUCCAUCUGGUUCAAGUGA